AUGUUCAGACUUCUCCAACCUCGCUUACGCUCAAGCUUCGCAAGCUGGGUCCGCUUCAACAGCUCCAAAAUGGCUGCAGAGCUCAAAAGGCCGCCGCUUUCGGUGCCUGUGAAUCCAAAAAAGGUGGCAAAGAAGAAAACUCAGAAAGCAGGACUCCAGUCGCUACGGUGGCUGCAUAAGGCAGAGAACAAGAGCGAGGCGAAGCUUCUUUCGCUUAUAGCAAAAUCGCAAAACAAAGAGGUUGACCGUGAAUCUCUUGUAGACAUGCUCAGACCGGUGACGUCGUUGACAAUUGGAGAGUCCAUAGAUCUCGAUAAAGCUCGGAGUAUUCUCGGAAAGAACGGCACAUCCAGCACCAAAGUAAUUGAGGACGAAGUGCUUUUAUGUCAGAUAGAUGGCAAGGAUGUCAUGUUAUUGGCCAAUGGAACGCUCGUAGGGUGGAAUAUUGGAGAGCAUGAGAUGGAAGCGUAUGUGCCCGAUAUCUGGAGCGCUGUGAGUGAGAAGUACGAGGCAGAAAGUGAAGAAAUGGACUAUAUCUCGUUGGAGCCACCUUCCGCCGAGCAGGAGGAUCCGGGGCCUUCGUUCGUGCAAGAAGACGUGUUUGUAUGUCAAGGAAGCGAUCCCGAGCAGCGUCUUUUGGAGAAAGCUGCGUUUGCAGUCGGGCUCUCGAGAUCAACAAGGCUCUCGAUCCUCGAAGAAUCGCUAGAAAAACACAUCAGUUUGACGCGAGACAACAGCGAGGUGCUUUCCAAGGGUCUUGAAUUGAAAACGAAAGAGUCUGAAAUCUUGAAGCUCACGGGGCGUCUUUUUUUGAUCCGAGGUAAACUCAAUCUCUACUCCGAACUCAUCGAGACCCCAGACUUGUACUGGUCGGAGCCCAACUUAGAGAAGAUUUACGAAUCAAUCAGCCGCAGGCUCGACAUCCAGCUGCGCAUUCUGAUCAUGAAUAGGAAGCUUGAUUACGUGACGGAAGAGCAGAGGGCGCUACUAAGCGUUUUGAAUGAGAAGAAAGGCACACGACUUGAGUGGACCAUCAUAAUACUUAUCAUGGUGGAGGUGGGCUUUGAAACGUUCCAUUUCGUGGAGAAGUACUGGUGGCAGAUCUAA